AUGGAUCCCUUUGCCACUUUCUCUCCGGAGGUGGUUGCGUUGAUCCUCGAAUCGUGCUCCGACUUCGCUUCCUUGGAUGGAUUACUGAAAACAUCUGCCCGAGCGGACCAGGUAUUCCGCCAAUAUUACAAGACGAUUACUGAAAAAAUCAUGAAAAAUUGUCCUAUUAUCUCCCAGGGACUACAAUAUGAAUUUCGCAAUUUCAUACUCCUCGAAGCAGGAAAAUUCAUUCCCUCAAGCCUGCCGGAGCUUAUCGGUGGCGCUCGGACGAUAACCGUCAUGCCACUUUCUCUACCUUCCAUCCACUCUUUCGAUGCUGUACGAGAAGCCGUGAGUACUGCAGCGAGCAUCUAUUUUGCCGCCUCUGCUUGCUUGAGUCUUCUUUUGGAUCGCCUAGCAGCAGCAGAGCCACGGCGCGUGGUCGGCCCUGUCAGCGCUGCUGUUGAAUGGGUUGAGGGAAGAUGGCCCGAGCCCCCAAACGAAACAUUCCGAGUGAAGUCUCGUCCUCUGUCCUGGUGUGAGAUUUAUAGAAUGCAUCGCGUGCUAUGGACUCUUGCGACAUUUCAGUGCGUUCACCGCGCGGCAACCAUUCGGUGGCCCUGGUCCUCAGAAGACCGGAGUCAAUUUACGGAACAAUACGUCGACUACUGCCAGGGUAGAUGGAAACUCGAAGAAUUGCAAACCGCCUCGGAGUGCCUGAAAGUUGUUUAUCCCGAAGAGACAGUUAUCCUCGACCUACUUUACCCCUUCCUGGUGUCCAUUCCUUCUGCGGACAACUCAGCCAGACCGGCGCGUUUGUCUAUACCGGAGCCUCCAUCCCUCACAACUAUUAAUUCAGGGAGGUUGUGUGUUUGGUCCGCGGCCCGGAGAAAUGGAGCCAUAGGUUCUCAUGGCAUCCUUUGCCGUACCCAUCGGUUUACGAAAAAUCCUCUUUUGCAUGUGGAUUUCGGGGCCUAUAGACGGAUUGGAAUCCCAAUUUGGGAUGAUGUGAGAUUACAUCGGAUCGGGCUGGUACCUGCUCCUGGGAAUUUGCCUUCUCUUGUGGGGGCUGGGCCACAGGGAUUAAACGAAGCAAUGUCAAUCUGCACAUACUACACAUGGUGGAGUUUAGCCAAUGAGGGGGAUAUUUACCCCUCUACCUGA